AUGACACAACUUUUCUAUCUGAUCCUGCUGGUGGUAGCUUUUCAACACUGGAGCCCAGUAGCUUCUGAUGGUUUUGCAGAGAGAGAGAGCUGUUCCAAGUGCCACAUCAAUGCAUCCUGUGUGGAGACCAAUGGUUCUGUGAUCUGCUCCUGCCUGAAUGGCUUCUCUGGGGAUGGCUUCGUUUGCUCAGAUGUGGACGAAUGUGCCUCCCAGGGGGGCCACAACUGCUCGGCCAGCAACUGUGUCAACACAGUGGGUUCCUACUACUGCAGCUGUCCUGAUGGCUUCCGGCUGACUCCCCAAAACAGCUGUGAAGAUGUAGAUGAGUGCAGCGACCCGAACCUGGACUGCCACCCACUGGCCCUCUGCAUUAACUCACCUGGCAACUAUUCCUGUACCUGUCUUCCUGGCUACUUCGGGGAUGGACAUCAAUGUCACUGCUCCCCAGGCUCCUGUGGACCUGGCUUAGACUGCAUCGCUGACUCUGAUGGAAGCGGGAUCUGUGUGGAUCCGUGCCAGGAAUACACCCUGCUGGAUGAGUAUUGGAGAAGCACCAACUACAGGGCUGGUUAUUAUUGUGAUGCCAUCACUCAAGGUUGGUAUCGUUUUGUGGGCAGGGGAGGUGUGCGCAUGCCAGAGAUGUGUAUCCCAAUUAAUAGAUGCAACACGGCUGCUCCAAUGUGGUUAAACGGAACCCACCCAUCCAGCGAUGAGGGCAUCGUCAACCGGACUGCCUGUGCCCACUGGAGUGGCAACUGCUGCCUCUGGAAGUCUGAGGUGCAGGUGAAGGCUUGUACCGGUGGAUUCUAUGUGUACAACCUGGCCCCAACACCAGAAUGCAACUUGGCCUACUGCACAGACCCAAGCUCUGUGGAAGGAACCUGCAAUGCCUGUGGCUUAGAUGAGGAUUGCAAUUCAGUGAAUGGAAACUGGACCUGCCAAUGCAAACAGGUCUCUGAUAUUACUGAUAUUGCCAACCUGAAACCUAAUCUGUCUUGUGAAGCCAAUCACAUCAAGGUGUCUUUGAAUAAGUGCCUGUUGAAAAACUUGGGGUUUGAGCAGAUAUUUACAUAUUUGAAAGAUAGCUCCUGUGCUGGCUUUGAAGAGAAGGACAACCAGAGUUGGGUGUCAGUGGUGACUCCAGCUCGGGAUGGGCCAUGUGGAACCCUGCUAACGAAAAACCAAACUCAUGCCAUCUAUAGUAACACUCUCUACUUGUCUGAUGACAUCAUCAUUCGGGAUACCAACAUCAACAUCAACUUUCAGUGUGCCUAUCCUCUGGACAUGGAAGUCAGCCUCCAAACGGCAGCCCAACCCCUUAUCAGUUCCCUGAACAUCAGUGUUGGUGGGACAGGGAUGUUUACAGUGAGGAUGGCUCUGUUCAGAAGCCCAACCUACACACUGCCUUAUGAAGGCUCUUCUGUGGCCCUCUCCACCGAAGCCAUACUCUACGUGGGCACCAUAUUAGAAAGGGGAGAUUCGACCCAGUUUGUUCUGUUGAUGACGAAUUGCUACGCUACCCCCAGCAGCAACGCCACGGACCCCUUGAAAUACUUCAUCAUAAGAGACAGGUGUCCACGAACUCAGGACCCAACGAUUCAGGUGGUGGAGAAUGGGAUAUCCUUCCAGGGUCGAUUUUCAGUGCAGAUGUUCAGGUUUGCUGGGAACCAUGACCUAGUCUACCUACACUGUGAAGUUUCUCUCUGUGACACCUGGAAUGAGCAGUGCGAGCCUUCUUGCUCAGGCACCAGACUCCGUAGUGGAGGUGCCAUCAACCCAGCUCAAGUUCUGAAUUUAGGACCCAUCACUCGUAGAGAUGCUCAAGCGGGUAUAGUGAGUGACAUCCCUAGCCAUGCAGGGUUCCUGACACCAGGGCUAGGUUUGCCCCUGCCAAUCCUCGUGCUUCUGGCAGCCCAGUGA